UUAGGGUUUUGCACUCAUUUUUCCGCGAGAGAGAGAGAGAGAGAGAGAGAGAGAGAGAGAGAGAGAGCAAUGGCUUUGGCUCCCCCGCCACCGCUCCAGCUCGCCCGUUGGUGACCGUCCAAUCUGUGGAGGGCGACAUGGCAAUGUACGACGCCGCUAGGAGGAUGGCUCUGCUGUCUGAGGAGCAGAGGGUGAAGGCUAAGGUAGAGAAGCUCGAAAAAAAGAGGAAACUGCCGAAGGAUGGGCACGAGGCUGAUAUGCAGCAUCACGAGGCUGAUAUGCAGCAUGGUCCCCUCCCCAUGGAUCAGCUUCAGCCAUCUGGAAGUGCUGCUGCUGAAAUUCAAAAGCUAAAAGAUGCAGACCUUUGUACAGUGCAAGUUGGGUACUAUUCACUAAGGAAGGAUCUCUUGCAGAUCAUUGAGAGAAAAGUUGACAAGAUUGCCGAAGCAGCAUCCAAUUUGGUCCUGGGUGCUAGUCAACUGAAAAUCAUUCAGAUAACUUCUGGUUCUAGAGAACUUGACAAGAUUUUAGAGGGUGGAAUUAAAACUGGUUCAAUUACUGAGAUUUAUAGGGAAUCUUGUUCAGGAAAAACUCAGUUGUGUCACACAUUGUGUGUCACUUGCCAACUCCCUUUGGAUCGAGGAGGUGGUGAGGGAAAAGCAAUGUACGUUGAUACACUAGGUACAUUCAGGCUAGAGCGGCUCCUAGAGAUUGCGGAAAGAUUUGGAUUAAAUGGUGCUGAGGUGUUGGAGAAUGUCACUCAUGCUAGAGUUUAUAAUACUGAUCAUCAAUCAAGGCUUCUUCCAAAUGCGGCCUCAAUGAUGGUCGAAACCAGGUUUGCUCUCAUGAUUAUGGAUAGUGCCACGGCUCUAUACGUGACAGAUUUUUCAGGAAAAAAAGAUCUCUCAGCAGGGCAAAUUCAUCUUGUUAAGUUUUUCAGAAGCCUGCAGAAGCUCGCUAAGGAGCUUGGUGUAGCAGUCGUGAUAACUAAUGAGAUUGGGGAUGGAUCUGCGGGGUGCCAAAUGAAGCCCAUGUUUGGCAACAUUAUUGCACAUGCUUCUACCACAAGGCUUGCUCUUAGCAAGGGGAGUGGAGAAGAGCGCAUCUGUGAAGUAGUAAGCUCACCAUGCUUAGCUGAGGCCGUAGCACACUUUUGGAUCUCCAGGGAAGGAGUGACUGAUGUUAAGGACUGAGGGAUGCAAGAAGACAAGGACAACCGACAUAUAUACGGUCUUAUAUUUCAUCAACAACAACUUACUAUUAUUGAUCCUAAUGGCGACUAUUUACGAACAGAGAACAAGGGCACGCAGUCGGCAAAUAUAAAACAUAUAAAGUCAUACAUGAUCAACAAAUUUUGUACUCUUCACUUAUAGUGGAUCUUCAGGGAAGGAGUGACUGAUGUUAAGGACUGAGGGAUGCAAGAAGACAAAGGACAACUGGCAUAUAUACGGUCUUAUAUUUCAUCAAUUGCAAGUCACUAUUAUUGAUCCUAAUGGUGACUAUUUACGAACAGAAAACAAGGGCAUGCAGUCGGCAGAUAUAAAACAUAUAAAGUCAGACACGAGCAACAAAUUCUGUACUCCACUUUCAGUGGAUCUCCAGGGAAGGAGUGAUUGAUGUUAAGGACUGAGGGAUGCAAGAAGAUAAGGACAACGGACAUAUAUACGGUCUUAUAUUUCAUCAACAACAAGUCACUAUUAUUGAUCCUAAUGGCAACUAUUUACGAACAGAGAACAAGGGCACGCAGUCGGCAGAUAUAAAACAUAUAAAGUCAGGCACGAUCAACAAAUUCUGUACUCUUCACUUUCAGUGGAUCUUCAGGGAAGGAGUGACUGAUGUUAAGGAUUGAGGGAUGCAAGAAGACAAGGACAACCGACAUAUACAUGAUAUUAUGAAUCACAACAAAUAAGAUUCAAAAUGGGAAAAAUGACGUACAAAUGGGAAAGCAUGUUCACCAGUGAUAUGCUGGCAUGGAAUAUCAUGCUGUAACAAAUAGGAUGCAGAUCAGUGUAAUGCUACUGAAAGUUAAAGUGGAAUCAUUCUUCCAAUCAAGUUUCAUCACAGUGAUGAGCUAUAGUUACAAGGAAGCAGCAAUUCUGAUGGUCU